GCAGAGAUGUGCAAAAAUCCUCUCUCUCCUUAAAGUGUUGUUAAAUAUCACAGCUGAUCAUCAAGCACAGCACCACACAGAACAAUAGAACACUCCAGUAAUCUGUCUUGCCUAUUUCUAAAUUUUGGAUCAUUUUCGUAGCGUUCUCUACUUUGUCAUCAUAAACAGUCUCCAACAAGUAUUGUUGAUCCUAGAAGAUUGUUUUUACUAUGCAUGGCCUGAUCAUUUAUACAGAUGCAGCAAGAAUCUUAAUUAACCGGAAAAGCCUCCUUGAGUUUGCUUGGGAAAUCUAGAGCCUAAUCAUAUUAAGCAACUAUCAAUUCCAAAGGAUAAACUUCUUUUGGAAAUUUUCAAAAUGAGUUUUGAAUCAGACUUUUCAAAGCCCCUGCCAUUCUUCUAUCCUAGGAGUAGGAAACCAAGGCCCAAACACUUUCUCCAGUAAACUUUGCAUGCUGUACCCAUAAAUCUCAGGGAUUUUCCCUCUUCCUGAGGUCUCCAAAAUUUGCCUGGGUUUCUGGACUACCUGGGAGUGGACUUCCUUACUCCCAGUGAUUGGGAUUCUGGAAGCCAGACAUCAUAUUAGUUUUCUUACGAAGGUUUUGGAGACAUUACCUCCACAUGUAACACAAACAAUUGCUCCUCAGCAGUGGCCUGAUGGUCUUUGUUUAAACAAUAAUCACUCUCACAUAUCACACUGUACAUAUGGUCUUGCUGCAGAAUCGAUUUUUCCAAUGGUAUCUUUGUAAACAAGAGGACAGAUUUUUAUUAAACCUAUGCAAAUGGUUCUAUCAUCAUGAAAGUGAAUGAAACUUAGUAGAAGCAUUUGUUUCUGAAUUUUGAGGGUAGGUGAAGAUGAGGUAAUGUUUAAAGACGGUUGUUGUGGGUUUGCAAAUACACAGUCUACUAAUUCGUUUAAGGAGAAAGAAAUAAGGUUUCCACACAUAGCCAUACAAGUAGAACAUCAAACAGAACACAUCAAUAUUCCAAACAAAUAACCACAAUGGCACAUCUUGAAUCGGUUCACUCAGUCCUAUGUCAUUACUUCUCACUCUGCUGGAUCUUGAGUCAGUCGUCUGAUUUCAUGAGGUACAUAUGCUUCCAGACUGAGAGUCGCAGUAGUCCUGUCUUUGCUCACUGGCAGAGUCUGAGCAUUGAGUCAGUGCUGCCAUCUUGCAAACCUGCUCUGAAGAGUCUCUUUGAGGCAACAGUGGUUCAGAGCACGUCCUACAGUUUUUCCCCUGAAGCUCCAAGAGUGUAACCCUCUGGUGAAGACACAAAUUCUGAGUGGUCACUUUUGGUAGAUCUUUGGAGAAGCCUUAGGAGGAAGCAGAGACCUGUUUGAGAACAGCACUGAAUGGUUGUGGUUCAUAACCGAAUAUAACAUCAUGAAAGACAGUAAAAGGCUCUUUGGGGGCAUGGUCCUUAUUUCAUGAGGGUUUGGUCAAUGUUUCCUUUGAGGGAUUCAGCCCCAAGUGCACUGUCACACCUAACACCUAUAUCUCUUUUGUGACAUGGCUGCCAUUAGCCUGCAAGAGGCAGCUCUUCUUGCACAUCCGUGGAGCCAGAAGACAAUUUCAUUAAAGCCAUGUGAGUGCAGGGGUAUAGAUAAUCCAGAUCCCUUAUCCUGGUAGACAGGCUGUGGAGGUGCUGAGUCUUCCUUUUCAUGCAGUGCCCUUUGGGGGUGGAAUGAGUGGGGAGAAACCAGGAAACCUUGAGUGAUAUCCACGUAAAAGAGAUUUUUACAAAGUGGAAGUGACUAGUUUUAUGUGGCACCAAGAGAGAAGGCUCCAGAAUCCCUAACCCCCAACAUGAUCGUAUUUGGGGAUAACGUAAGUGGGUUUCCAUGAGUUCAUGAAUAGGGGUCCUCUUGAGGGGAUUAGUGCCCUUGUAAGAAGAGAUAGCAGAGAGUUGCUUCCUCGCUCCAUCAUGUAUGGACACGGUGAGACAGUGCCAUUCGCAAAUCAGGAAGUGAGCCUUUCCCAGGGAAACAAGUUGGCUGGCACAUUGGGCUUGAGUUGCCCAGUCUCCAGAACUGUGAGAGAUUAACUCCUGUUGUUCCUGCUCCCAGGCUGUGGUAUUAUGGCAGUCCACGCUGACUAAGACAGCAUCUAUGAUGUGUAGAUGAGCCUCAGGAUGGUAAUCUAUGAGACUAACAUUGAGGGUUGAAUUAUUACUACUAACUAAUACCUAUUGAUUAGUAUGGUUUGAGUACCACUUCAUGUCUACAAAUUUAUCUGGUUUCACAAUGACUGUCUGAAGUAAGUAUUCCAUUUUAAAAAUUAGGGGAGUGAGUUGCAGAGAGGUUAACUCACCCAAAUGUGGCAGGCUGAAUGGUGGCCCCCAAAAGAUGGCCACACUCUAAUCCCCAGAAUCUGUGAAUGUUACCUUAUUCCAUAAGCAUCUUUGCAGGUGUGAUUAAGUUAAUGACUUUGAGAUGGGGAGAUUAUUCCGGAUUAUCUGGGUGGGCCCCAGAUGUAAUCAGAAAGGUCCUUCUAAGGAGAGGCAUGUAGGCAAUGUGAUAAAGGCAGCAGAGAUUGGUGUGAUGUGGCCCCAAGCCCAGGACAUCUGGCAGCUUCUAGAAGGUGUAAGAGGCAAGGGAUGGAUUCUCUCCUAGAGCCUCCAGAAAGAACCAGCUCUGCAAGACCUUGAUUUUAUCUCCAUAAGACUAAUUCCAUGCUCUUGUUCUCCAUAACUGUAGAAGAUGAAGUUUAUAUUGUUUUCAGCUACUAAUGUUUUGGGAAUUUGUUAUGGAGGCAAUAGGAAUCGGAUCCCCCAAGGUUCCAAAGACGAUAUGUAGAAGAAACAGGACAAUGGGGGAAUGAUUCUUUUAAACUACUGUUAUUAUUUCUGCACUAUUUUAAUAAGUUGAGCUUUGAGAUUAUCUAGAUCUGAGCAGCAGAAAACACCCUGAGCCCCACAAGAAGACUCCGUUAGAAUUCAAAGAAUGUCUCUUAAUGACCCCACACCUUUUGAAAAUUCAUUAUAUCCACAUUUCUGUGUGUGUGUGAAAUGGAAAGAAUCAAAGGAGAACAUAAAAAAGGAAGCUGUGGCUUUGUCCACAUUUAUCUCUCUGCUUCUGACUAUGUGGAAGGAGCAAGAUCCUGGGUGAAAGUUGUGUUUCCAGGGUUGCAGGAGGAGACAAGCGGUGGAGAGGCCUGUGGCUCACAGCAUAGGUGUAAGUGGAAGGAAGCCCUCAAUGAUCAGGAGCGUGGCUAAAUGAACAAUUCAGAUAUGGGGCUACACUACUUCUAUCCAGAAUCUUGUAGAAGGAGAUCACUCCUAACUUAGGGCUCAGGAUGGGACUGACGGGGGCCACAUGCUCCUUUUUGACCAAUGAUCACAAGGCUGUUACCAUUUCAGACCCGCAUCUGAUUUCUUGUGGCAUCCAUGGAUUCUGUGUCAACUAGUCUCCUGUUCCCUAGGGAACUUAACAGUGUACCUGAGCAUAAUACCUGGAGAAGCAAUUAGCUGACCAUGAAAACAUUCAAGGGCAAGUUUCACUCAAGGAAUAUGUAGCUUGAAAUGAAACUAGGAAAUGGUAUAGAUAUUUUGAGCAGGAAAUAUGAUUCUAGCUCUCCUCUAGACUUUUAUGUAUGCAGCCUCAUCAAGACCAAGUUCAUGGGUAUGUGACCCGUGCGGUUGCACAGGGCCCUGUACUUAGAAGGGUUUACUGUUCUAUUGAUGUCAUCUUGAAAUUCUUAAUUUUUUUUGUUUGUUUUUGACAAAGGGCCUGGCAUAUUCUUUUUGUGCCAGACUUUGCAAAUUACAUAGCUGGUCCCGGUCUGUGUCUUUAUUGCAAGUUGGAAAACAGUUACCUGGGGCCCUCCAAGUCAUUAGCACCAAUAACUGGUCUAACGAUAUGGACCAAUAAUAUAGUAUUAAUACAGUAAUUUCCGAAUCUAGCUUGUUCCCUCCAUGGGUUGCCACCCCAUUGUCCACUACUUCCUGCCACAUUUAGUUCUCAUAGUACCCACCUUCAAGUGUGAGCAUCAAGCAAUCCCAUGUCUCAAUGUAGCGAACAAAAAUAUAUAAUCAAAAACAUUAUAAUUUUAUGAUGAUGCAACAGACAAUUGGAACAGCUGGUCAACCAUGAGAAGUUUGACCACCUGCCUAUCAUCUCACAGUUUCCAGAGCAGGUUGGAGUGGAUGCACUGGCUAAAUCUGGGAAAAUCUACCUGUGCCUGGGUCUGGGGUAGAGGAAAGUAGGAAGGUUGUAGGGGAAAGUUUGAUCUCCUCCCUGGGUGCAUCUUUUGUUGUUAGGUCAUGCAUAUUUUGGGGCUUGAAAGAACCAUAUGAAGAAAACUAGAGAAGGUGCAUGGUCAUUGGAAGACUUUUUCCAGGCCACAUCUUCCUUUUUUUCUCUUGACUCCCAAUCGUUUAGACUCUUGGCUUUGUAACUGAAGGUUGGUAAAUUCUUACUGAGUAACUUGAGACCUUCAUGAAAGACUCUCAUGAAAACCCAUAUGAUACAAUCACUGGGAAGUAUCCCAGGCUCUAAAUUUGGACACAUCUAGCCACGCAUUUGAGUUUCUUCUUCCUAGAAUCACCCCAGAGUCACCCACUCCAUGCAGGGAAGAUGAUCCAACACCAUGCCUGGGUCUGUGUGCAUGAUUUGUGUCAUGUAAUAAGGGCCUUUGGGAUCCACCAGUAUAACCCCAAACAACAAAUAUAGGUUUGGAAAAUUUGGUGUGACAGCAGGCACAUGGAGAAACAGCUUACACCUUGGUAAAACUAAAGCACUCCUCCAAUUAUAGGGCAAUAUUUCUGUCUCUUUAAAGCUGAAUAGUUUCUUCAUUAGCUCCAACCAAUCGGAGCUUCCUGCCUCAGAGGUUUAAAGGUGGAAACACAUUUUCCUCACAGUGAAAGCAAAAGCAGCAGCUCAAACAGGUUCUUUGGAGAACAAUGGGGACUCAGCUCCUUCAAAAGAAGCCACUGGUAGUGACAUGGAAGACCCUCAGGACAACACUCUGAGGAUUGUUUUGGUGGGGAAAACUGGAAGUGGGAAGAGCGCAACGGCCAACACCAUCCUGGGGAGUAGAGUCUUUGAGUCUAGAGUUGCUCCCCGUGCUGUUUUCUCCAGGUGUCAAAAAGCAUCCAAGGAAUGGAAGGGGAGGAAACUUGUUGUUGGUGACACCCCAGGGCUCUUUGACAACAAGGAGACCCUGUAUACUACACGCGGGGAAUUCAGCCAGUGUGUCCUCUACUCCUGUCCUGGGCCUCACGCCAUCGUCUUGGUGCUCCCAGUGGGCCGCUACACGGAGGAAGAGCAGAAGACCGUGACAUUGAUCAAGACUGUCUUUGGGAAGCCAGCCUUGAAGCACAUGAUCGUGUUGCUAACUCGCAAAGAUCACUUAGAGGAGAAGAGCCUGAGUGACUUCUUGGCAGAUUCAGAUGUGAAGCUAAGAAACAUCAUCAGCGAGUGUGGGAACCGCUACUGUGCCUUCAACAACAGAGCCUCAGAGGCGGAGAAGGAAGCUCAGGUGCAGGAGCUAGUGGAGCUGAUAGAGGAGAUGGUGCAGAGCAACGGAGGGACUUACUUUACCAAUGCCAUUUAUGAGGACACAGAGAAGAGGCUGAAGCAACGGGAAGAAGACCUGAAGAAGAUCUACACCGAUCAAUUUAAUAAUGAAAUGAAACUAGUAGAAAAGGAAUAUGCAGAUAAAUCACCGGAAGAACGGGAGGAAAAAAUAAAAUUGCUAAAGAUGAAGUAUGCUGAACAAAUAAAAAAUAUCAGGGAAGAAGCUGAGAAGGGAUUAUUUAGAGAUGGUUCAAAUGGGAUUAUGAGCGUGCUUUCAAAAAUAUGGCAGAUGUUUUGGUAGUAAAGACCAUUUCAUUUUUUCAUCUGAAUUUACGAUGAUUUGCGAUAGUGGUAGAUUGUAGUUUCCAUAGACAGCUGUGACAGUAGCUUCUACUUAUUCUUCCUAUAACCUGACCUUGUUACUCCUAUCACUGAGUUGUGGGGCCUGUGUCCUCUACCUUGGAACUGGGCAGAUCUGGGACCGUUUCAAUUAAUAGCAGAUGGUUGAAGCAGCACCUUGUGACUCUAAGGUUACAUAUGGGCAAUGCUUCCUUGCCCUGUUGGGGUUCUUGCCCUUGGAAGUUGACUGUCAUGUUGUGAGAAAGCCCAGGCUGUCUCUUCAGAGGCCCCCAUGCAGAGGGCCUGAAGUCACUGGCCCACUUCCCAGCUCACCUUUCAUUUGUGACUCAGACCAACUUGCCUGCCAUGCAAGUGAGGCAACACAGAAGCAGGGCCUCUGGCUGCCCCGCCAUCUCAGACGAAGUUGCAGAAAGCAAAGAUGAUCCAUUCCCACUGAGUCCUGCCCAAAUUGCAGCUUUAUGAGAACAAAUAAAUGAUGGUUUUGUUUUUAA